UGUAUGUCUGUUUAAAAUUCCUCAUUUUGUAUUUUAAUAAUAUUAAUUUAAUUUUAGGUUUAUUUUAAUUGUUGUUUAAACUGAUGAACCUUACACCUCCUCAAAUUUCAUACUCCGAGUGCACUGACCAUUCUUCUUCCAGUUUUAACCUUAUUUUUGAGUCUAUAAUUUGUAGAUUCUUUAAAUAUUAAAACAUUUGAAUUGUAAAAUAAGUUUAUAGAUUUAAUUUUUUGAAAAAAUGAUUAAUUCACUUCAAAUCUAUAUAUCAAGGAGAUAAAUAUCUUUAAAAAAUAAAUGGAAUGUAAAAUAGGAAACUGUUUAAUAAAUUUCUUAGAUGUUAGUUAAACAUGGUUUGGUUAGUACCUCCAUUUUUAAGGAAUAUCAUUGGUUCUGCGGAGGAUAAUCAACACGUGACCUCUAACCAUGAGAAUAAACCUGAACCUCCAGAGGAGGAUAUAAAGAGUUCUAAAGACCCGAAUUUGAACCCGUUUGACCCCUUAGAUUCACCCUAUAUUAUUAAGGAUGAGCAACUUAAGGGUUUGGGAAUUACAAGUAAUAUCGCAACUAUAGCCUCCAUAGAUUGGGGCCCACCAAAAUUAAAUGCAACACUGCUUGAUGAUCUUGGGAACAGUGGUAAGCACCUUCUUGAUAUGAUUAGAGGAAAUAAAACAACCGUUGAGAACCUUGAGGAUAUUACCAAGAAUAUAAAAACCGUUCCCAAAGUAUAUGAGUCAGAUUUCAAUGUUUACCUAAACCAGAUAGAAGAGAUUUAUUCAGAAUGUCCGGAGUUUAACAUUUUAAAGGAUAAAUUAGCCGAUAACAUCGAAUCACCAAGUGUACUUGUAGAGAGUAGUAUUGAUAACGUUUCAAGAGAGUACUUCGAAGAUGACUAUAAUAUACAUGAAAACAUUAUAUUCAACAAAACACUUGAUAAGAUCCCAGAAUCUAUAGAGUUUCUUGAGUCUCAGUUGAUGCAGAUAAACACUCAGUUGAGAGAGUUGGUUGGAACACACCUUAAGCACGUUGGGCAGUCUUUUGUUUGCAUAGAGGACUUAAAAACCUCAUUUGUUAACGUAAAUGACCAGAUUUCAAAUGUUAGAAGUAUUUUUGAUAAUCUUAAAGGAAUUUACAACUCACCGGUUAACUAUAGUCAAAGUAAAGAGUCAAAGAUAAACCAAGAUGAUAUAUCACCAUCCUCAGCUAGAUCAAUGGACUCUCAAACAAGUGAAUCUAAAUCUUAUACUUUACACGAAGUAUUGAUGUAUAAGAAGAGAAUUUUGGAAGUUUUGGAUUAUUUGCACCUGCUGAAAGGGAUAUCUUGUACACCUGAGUACAUUCAGGGAAUUAUUGAGAUUAACAACAUGGCCUUGGCGAGGAUUUUUGCAUAUGUAGUAAUACAAUACUUUGAAAAUGAUUUGUCGAAGUUUAAAAUCACUAACUCAGUCUCGCUUGUUUUGAAGGAUACAAUUAGUAAUUUGGAACAGGUAGGAGAAGCAAAGUUUAUUGACUUGACAUUUUUUGCACUGACAGAGUGUUAUUCUUGUGAUGACAUGGAGAAAUACGAAAAGGAAUUAAGACCAACUUUGGAAAAAAUAGAACCAGUGUUGAUAGUUUUGACCAUUUCAGGAUCAAUAAGUGAUACACUUUCGACGCUUAAGAACACCCCAAUAAUACCAAUUAACUACAGUACUGAAUCCCCAGUCACAAUGGAUUCGUUUCAAGAACACCUGGAUAAAGUUCUAAGAGGAUUUAAACAUUCUAAUUUGUUUCUGCUUCAUCUACUAAAUUCACUAACCUGUGUGUAUCUGUUCAAAAAAGAGGGGCAGUAUUUGCCAGACUCGUCCAAGUCGAGUGAGAUAGGCAAGAAAAUGAUUUUAAAAAUACACGAUAGUUUUACCGACGGAAUUAAUCGAGAUUAUCAGAAAAUAGCUGAAACGACACAGUUUUUAAAAAACCAGUUAAAAUUGCCAAUGACCUGUAAAUCUGGUCCCUACUCUGAAAUGUAUCUGAAGUUUUUGAUAAAUUCUGAUUUAGAUGAAGAAACCAAGGAAUCUGUUGGCAACAGUGAUGUUAAUGCUCAGUCAACUAGUACUGAUAUUGAUAAUCAUGGUGAUUCUGCAAAUGAUGAGAAUAAGUCUUCGGAAACCGAAGAUAAAAUAGCAACUGACUUGUGUAAUUAUUACGAAAACCUAUAUUUUGUGAUGGAAGGUGUGUUUGUUAAAGCUUUGGAGAACUUAUUUUCAAGUUUUAAGAUUGAAACAGUUUGUGGAGAAGCUGUUACUGAUAUAGAUUCUGUGGUAUUGAGUCUUAAGGAGGUAGAGAAGAUUUAUAAGGAAACUGUAAAGAAUUACACAAAAUGCCCUAAAGCUACUGAAAAAAUGUUAACUGAGCUUUUGAAAAAACACCUAAAGUAUCACAAAUUUCAAGAUGGAGUAUCGUUACAGUUUGUUGAAAAGGAUUUGGGGUCGGUUCUGACGGAAGUGCUGCACAGGUACAUAAGUGCUGAAUCUAAGAAGAAUAUAGAGUUGGUAUUCGAGCAAAAUUUGGUUAAAGUACACGAAGACUUAAACCAAGAAACCUGGGAUGUUUUUGAAAAGUUGGAACUUGAAGGGAAAACCUAUAACCUAAUACAUUCAUCCAUUCGGCUAAACGAACAUUUGGAUGUGUACUUUGGGAUUUCAGAAAAGUUUUCGUUUCUGUCAAGUGCCUCCAUUUCAAAGUCAAUAAACCUUUUUGCAUAUUUUAGCACUUUGAUAGAAAAUGAACUUGAAAAGAAUCUAUGUGUGAAGAAACUAUGUCUAAUCAUUCAGACCCUUGAUUUCUUUACGUUUUCAAUUCCACUUAAAAUAAGAAAUCUCUCUUUCCACACACAAAAAACUGGUAAAUCUGAAGAAGACGAUACAAAGAACUAUGAUUUAUUGUUAGUUUUAGGAAUAAAUGCAGAGAACUGUGUUAUGGAAGCGAAGAUACUGAGGAAGAAGUCCGCUGAGCUCCUUUCAAACUUUAUAUUUUCACAGAUCAAAAUCCACUUGAUUAACUGGGUGUUCAAGUACACAGACCUUCAGGAUAACACACAAUCUGAGGAUCCAACAGAGGAUGUUAACCUGGUGAUUAAAACGAUAACUGAUUUGUAUUCUGAGUGCUCACAAAUCUUUUCUGUCGAGGAUUUAAAAGAGACCUUUGCGGACUCUUUUGACAAGCUUGUCGAUUUGGCAAAGAAACAGAACCUAGAUUUCACCAAAUUUGAUAAAUUUUCAGACGACUGCUCCAGAAUCAUGACGGAAUUAUCCCACCUCUCGGACAUAAAGUUGGAAAUACUAUCACUGGCCCAUAGACUAUCUAAUUAAUUUGAUACUAAA